AUGCCUGAAAUUGGUUAUAAUAUAGAUGAAGUUAAUUACGUACUACAUCAUGAUCCUGAUCUUUUUUCAUUAAGUAUACUCCCAACAUGUGAUAGUCUUCAAUUGAAAGAUCAACGUGAAAAUAAAUCGAUUGAUGAACCAAACAAUUCUCAACCUGAACAAUCUAAUAUUGAUGUUAUUUGGCUUGGCGAAGAAGCAAGUAUAUUCUUACCGGAAAUUGUUUUAAAUUUGGCUGUUGAUCAAUGGGCAGAUGAUAAUUACCCAAAAGUAAAAUCGGUUACCAAAAUUGAGACGAAUAAAGAUUUACAAAUACAAGAAUUGAUUGCACAAAACUGUGAUCGUCAGCUCGAUUACCAUGAUGAAAUGAGACGAAUGCAUUCUGCCAAUGGUGUUACUCCUCUAGCUGCAGCACAUGCAAGAGAAGAACGACAGUGCAUCGAGGUCAAAUUAGGCGAUUUGAGUCAACGACUGCCGUACGCUCAAAAAUGCAAAUUAGAACAUCAAGUUGCCGAAGAAAAAUGUGCUCGAAUAGAAAGAAAUUUAGAACGACAAAUGAAAGAUUUAAUUAGACGACGAGAAGCGCUUCAACUACAAGAAGAAGAUAUAUUAGAGGGUUCCUUCUCAGUACAAUCAACAAACUAG